UCAAAACCCCUAACCAACAAUCGGUAUUCGUUAAUCGAUUGGAUUGGCACAAGGCUACCAAGAUGGCGGACCGAACGCCUGGCGGUUCGCAGAAAUCCAACGCUAAGGCCCUGCUGGAGAGCAAGUUGAAGUCAUUCAGCAUUGGUAAAAUGGCAGUGACCAAAAGGACCCUAAGCAAAAAGGAGCAAGAGGAAAUCAAAAAGAAGGAGGAUGAGCGGGCAGCUGCGGAGAUCUACGAGGAGUUCCUGGCUGCAUUCGAGGGAGGAGAGGGCAAGGUCAAGGCCUUUGUUCGAGGCGGCAUUGCAAAUGCAACUAAAGAGGAGGCUGCUUGUGAUGAGAAGAAGGGCAAACUGUACAAACCCAAGUCACGCUUUGAAACGACCGCUGCCACCACUGCACCGAAAAGCAGCUUCCUGCCUCUGGAAACCCCUAUGCAGUUUUUACCAUUGGAUAAAAGAAAUACACUGAAAAAAACAAGUGAAAAGGAAAAGAAGAAGAGUAACCUAGAGCUCUUUAAAGAAGAACUUAAACAAAUACAGGAAGAGCGGGAUGAAAGACACAAGAUGAAAGGCAGAGUCAGUCGAUUUGAACCUCUGGCGGGGAUCGAAGGGAAACGCUCCUCGUUGGAUGGUUCUUCAAGAAGAAACCGUCCCACCAGUGUUCUGGACGACUCUGCGCCUGGUUCCCAUGACGUCGGAGACCCCUCUACAACAAACCUGUAUCUUGGAAACAUCAAUCCACAGAUGAACGAGGAGAUGCUGUGUCAGGAAUUUGGACGCUACGGCCCUUUGGCAAGCGUGAAGAUCAUGUGGCCGCGGACAGAUGAGGAGAGGGCCCGGGAAAGGAACUGUGGUUUUGUGGCCUUCAUGAGCCGGAGGGAUGCGGAGAGAGCCCUGAAGAACCUCAACGGAAAGAUGAUUAUGAACUUUGAGAUGAAGCUGGGCUGGGGUAAAGGAGUGCCCAUCCCCCCCCACCCCAUCUACAUCCCCCAGUCUAUGAUGGAACACACACUCCCCCCGCCCCCGUCCGGCCUGCCUUUCAACGCACAGCCCCGCGAGAGGCUGAAGAACCCCAACGCUGCCCUGCUCCCUCCACCCAAGAACAAGGAGGAAUUCGACAAGACUCUGUCGCAAGCCAUAGUCAAAGUGGUUAUCCCAACAGAAAGGAAUUUGCUCUCUCUCAUCCAUCGAAUGAUCGAGUUUGUGGUGCGUGAGGGUCCCAUGUUUGAAGCCAUGAUCAUGAAUCGGGAGCUCAGUAACCCCAUGUAUAGGUUUCUGUUUGAGAACCAGAGCCCAGCACAUGUCUACUACCGAUGGAAACUCUACUCCAUAUUACAGGGAGAAGCACCAACAAAAUGGCGGACCGACGAGUUUCGUAUGUUUAAGAAUGGCUCACUGUGGCGCCCCCCUCCCCUCAACCCCUACCUGCAUGGCAACUUUGAGGAGGGGGAGGAGCCAGAGGAGGAAGAGGAGGAGGCUGGGAAGAAAGGCUGUUUAAAAGAAGAAGAACGUGAUCAGCUGGAGGAGAUGUUGAGGGCGUUGACUCCUCGGAAGGGCGACAUAGCCGACGCAAUGUUGUUCUGUCUGAGCCACGCCGAGGCUGCGGAGGAGAUUGUCGAGUGUGUCACCGAGUCCCUCUCCAUCCUAAAGACACCGCUUCCCAAGAAGAUUGCACGGUUAUAUCUCGUCUCUGAUGUACUGUACAACUCAUCUGCCAAAGUAGCCAACGCAUCUUAUUACAGGAAAUACUUUGAGACCAAGCUCUGCCAGAUCUUCUCAGACCUCAAUGCGACGUACAAGACAAUACAGGGUCACCUUCAGUCUGAGAACUUCAAGCAACGGGUGAUGGCUUGUUUCCGUGCGUGGGAGGACUGGGCGGUCUACCCGGAUCCCUUCCUCAUCAAGCUGCAGAACAUCUUCCUGGGGCUGGUCAAUCUGGCUGCUGAGAAGGAGGCCCCUGCUCCUGUCAUAGUAGAGCAGAAGCCUGCGCUGGAACACCUGGCCCCUGGGCUGUUGUUGACCCAGCCGGAGCCGGCCGAGGACAUUGACGGGGCCCCGAUUGGGGAAGAUAUGGAUGGGGCCCCACUGGAGGAUGUGGACGGGGUCCCUAUAGGGCUGGAGAGGGGGGGCCUAGUGGACGGUGCCCCCCUGGACGGAGCGCCGCUGGGGAUCGACGAUCUGGAUGGGGUCCCAAUCAAGGCUCUGGAAGAGGACAUUGAUGGAGUACCCUUGGAUCAUUCUGCGGCCAAAGCAGCAGCCUUUAAAGUAGCCCCGUCAAAAUGGGAAGCAGUGGACGAAUCUGCACUAGAAGCACAAGCCGUUACCACCUCGAAAUGGGAGAUCUUUGAACAGCCCGAGGAGGAAGAGAAGAAGAAAGAUGAGGAUGACAGUGAUGAGGACACCAAAAGUUCCCGCUCAGAAGAGCCUCAGAGUUUCUCCAAUCCCUUCAGAGAUGAGUCUGAUUCCAAGGCCAAGCUCUCUGAAAUAAAUGAAGACAGGCGCUCAAAGCUCAGGGAGAUUGAGGUCAAAGUGAUGAAGUUCCAGGAUGAGCUGGAGUCUGGGAAGAGGCCCAAGAAGUCUGGCCAGAGUAUCCAAGAGCAGGUGGAGCACUACAGGGACAAACUACUACAGAAGGAAAAAGAAAAGGAAAAACUGGAAAAGGAGAAAGAGAAGGAGAAAAAGGAGAAGGAGAAAAGUGACACACGCUCCAAAGACGUCAAGAAGGAGAAGGAGAAGGAGAAGGAGGAGUCGACCCCGACCAGGAAAGACAGGCGGGGUGUAUCUCCUGUGGUUGCUAGGAAACGGCGGCAUAGUGGGUCGCCCGGGAGCCCCUCACGGGGUAGCAGUAGACGUGCACGUUCUCCGUCCCCACGCUCCGAACGCUCUGAGCGCUCUUAUUCCAAGGAUGUUGUGUCAUCACGGUCCCGUUCCUCCCACAAAGACUCCCCUCGCGUCACCACCAAGAAGUCCUCGAAGAGGUCUCCGUCGUCACCCCGUACGCCAAAACGUUCCCGGAGAUCACGUUCCAGAACCCCCAAGAAAUCGGCUAGGAAAUCCCGGUCGAAGUCACGGUCUCCACACCGGUCCCACAAGAAGUCAAAGAAGAGCAAACACUGACAACCCCCCCCCCUUAACUCCCCCCCUUCUCCACCCUGUGCCGUGAUGUAUAAAUAAAAUAAUGAACUACAGGCCUGCCUGAAUGUUCCUGUGAAGAGGAUGAUGAAGAGGAUGGUAGCCAUGUUGGGUACCAAUGGAUCCAGCCUGGUUGCCAGGUUGGGUACCAAUGUAUCCAGUGCGGUUGCUAGGUUUGGUUCCAAUGCAUCCAGCCUGGUUGCCAUGUUGAGUUCCAAUGGAUCCAGCCUGGUUGCCACAUUGGGUGGCCAGGGGUCCAGUUGGGUUAUGUUGGGUCAGUAUGAAUCCAGACCGAGCCAAUGUUUUAUAUUGUAAAAAAAAAAAAAA